GUCGAUUGCCUGGUGCUUAUUUCCGUAAGCUGAUGGCUUUGGUCCGUGGCGACAUUGCUCGUGAUAACGCUGAUGCUAUGGAUGUCCAAGAGCUCCUCCUCCCUGGUCAGCUCUUCGGGGCUCUCCUUAAGGAGGUCCUUCAGUCCUCUCUAUUGAGAUUGGAAGGAGCCUUGGCCAAGAAGUCGCGACAAGCCCAGGUUGGCAAGGGUCGAGCCCCUACUGUACUCUCAGCCGAACUCAUCCGGAACACCUUCAUGGGCGUUUGUGACGUUACUAAACGUAUGGAGAGCUUCUUGGCCACCGGCAACAUUACCUCGAGGAGUGGUCUUGAUCUACAGCAGACCACAGGUUUCACUGUGGUCGCUGAUAAGCUUAACGCCUACCGUUACCUGUCCCACUUUAGGGCUGUGCAUAGAGGUUCCUUCUUCCAAGAGAUGAAGACGACCUCUGUGCGUAAGCUGUUACCUGAGACCUGGGGAUUCCUCUGCCCUGUGCACACCCCUGAUGGUACUCCUUGUGGUCUGUUGAACCAUCUUGCUGCCCCUUGCCAGCCCGUGGUAAGGAUAGCCUCUCCGGAGGGCGUGAUCCCGGGCCUUGAGGAAGAGUUGGCUUCCCUUGGGGUGCAGCUGGUCCGCAGUAGUAAGACCUCUACAGCUAACUAUGGUGCUGGGGAGAAUGCCUACGUCACUCUGGACGGCCGUGUGCUCGGUAAAGUUGCCAGGAGCCGUCUUGAGGCGGUAGCCGAGGAGCUGAGGAGGCUCAAGAUCGAUAAGGAUUGCCCAGGGGUGCCUGCCGACCUUGAGAUUGUGGCCUGCCAGACCCCGGCCUCCUUCGAGGGCCUCUGGCUCUUCACUGGCCCUUGUAGGAUGGUCCGCCCCGUUCGGGACCUGGCCACUGGUAACGAGGAGCUUGUUGGUCCUAUGGAGCAGGUCUUCCUCAAGAUAGCCGCUACUAGGGAGGACUUGGAAGCAUCCACUAAAACGUCUAGUGUCCCCGAGAACAUCCCAAUGAAGUACACUCAUAUCGAGCUGAGUCCUAUUUCUAUGUUAUCGGUCAUCGCUGGUCUCACCCCGUUCUCUAACAUAAUCAGAGUCCUC